UAUAUUUACUGUGCGUUCACUAUCGAUGUCACAUUCGUUUUUCUUACGUGAGGCAAUUUGCAAUUAGGUUUAUUUGCUGAAUUUUAGUAUCCUGCUUUUCUACAACAGUUACUGUUUAAUACUUGAUUCGGAGAUAUUAUCUAAUAACAAUGCCGAGAGGAAAAUAUGUUAACCACAAAGGACGCAAUCGUCACUUUACUAACCCAGAGGAGCUUGAAGCUGAGCGCAAAAAUGAGGAACAGAAGAAAAAGUGGCGGGACACGCACGGAGAGUCUUCCGAAGAAGAAGAAGAAGACGAAGAAGCAGGUAGUCCAAAAGGAAGUGACGAUUCUGAAGAUUCGGAAGAAGAGGACGAGAAAGGAGCCAAAUCAGUUAUUGAAGUUCAAAAUCCGAACCGAGUUUCGACAAAAGCUUUCAUGAAGGCUGCUGACGUUGAUGAAAACCAAACGGCUCAGCUAUCCCGUAAAGAACGAGAACAAGUUGAGAAGCAGAAAGCGCAUGCAGCUUAUGCUAAACGGCACGCAGAGGGUAAAACUGCACAAGCCAAGGCUGACCUAGCGAGAUUGGCCAUCAUCAAACAGCAUCGAGCUGAAGCGGCGGCCCGUCGUGAGGCAGAGAAAAAAGCGAAAGAGACGAAAAAAUGAGGUUUUUAAGAGAAUGCGAUCUGAGUCGAAGUCCAUUAACACUAUAUAGGCCACAUGAAAAUAUUUGCUAACUGUCUAUGCGAUAUGUUUCGAUAAAAGCUAACUAUGAUCAUGAAACGUGGAAAUGUGUCCGUAUGAAUGCAAUAAUACGACGUUAUUGAAUACGGAUAGUAUCGAUCCAUAAUUUUGUAUACUAAACAGAUUACUAAAUAAGCUAAUGAUCAACGAUAGUUUAAAGCAAGUAUAUGUAAUUCGGAUGUUUAAUAAAUAUAUCGUUAGAAAGAUAUCUCCUUAUAAAAA